AUGUUUUAAUCAUAUGUAUUUAAUCGAAAAUUGAAAACAGAGUCUAAUAAAAUGACUUAGACUUUUAAGAUGACAAAUGUAUUUAAAAGAUCGAAUAAACAUAAAAAUUAUUCUUUUGAAUAUCCUAAUGACUAUGAUUAAUUACCUAAAAAACUUAGAUGUUAAUCAACUUAUUCAAAACUUUGUGGUUUCAGAUCUCAUAAAUAUCAAUUAUUUCAUGAUAUAAUAUCUGAAUUUGCAGAACAUAAAAAAUAAAGAUUAGCUAAUGUUAUUAUACAAAAUCUAAGUAAUGAUUGCUUUAUUAAAGGAUCACCAGAAAAAUAAAACCUACCAUCAUAAGGUUCAGCUCGUAAUAUAUUCUCAAAGAAUGGACCCAAUUUAAAUCAUAAUUAUAGUCAAUUUAUGAAAAAAGUUAAAGAUUUCAAAAUUGCUGAAUAGAACCUUGUUUCAUAAACUCCUAGGUAUUCAUUUUCAUUACAAUUCAGAUCAAUAUAAGAAAAUAUGCCGCUUACUAGAUAACCCUCACUUGAAUAACCUUUUGAUACUAAAUAAACCAUUACUCUAAGUUCUUCAAGAAAAUAAAGUCCAAAAAUGUUGUUCAGUAAUAUAACACCUUUAUUUUAGAACCUUAAUAAUUUAUAUUAAAAUCUUAGUUCAAAAAAUACAAUGCUCUUGAAAAAAUAUUGACUGAAGCCAGAAACUAAAUCAAAACUUCCCAAUCUCCCAGAUCUAUUCAAAUAAGUCAACACAAAAAAACUAAAUCUCAUCCUAUUAAUGUUUAUACUGAACAAAACAAACUCUUAUAAAGAGCCAUACUAAAAACUAAGCUGAAUUCUAAUUAAUGA